UAUGCCCAAACGUGUGAAGAAGAGAAGAGAAAAGGGACGCUCGUCUGCUUGUAGUAGUUCAAUCAGCUGAUAAUAAAGGCACCGUUUAAUCCAAUAAUGUCAUUACUCAUUCUACUUUCAUCGAGAGUCUACCAAACACACAUUUAUUCUACAACCAAUCACGGCGCGAUGAUACGAUAUCUGCUACUAGUGGCCAGUCUUUCGAUUGGCCUGGUUCUUGGCCAAGGCCAACGCGUCCAUCCGCUAUCUCAAAAGUUCAUCGAUGAAAUCAACUCCAAAGCCACGACCUGGCGGGCUGGUCCGAACUUUGCCCCGGAAACGUCGAUGAGCUACAUUCGCGGGCUGAUGGGGGUGCACAAGGACGCGGACAAAUUCAAGCCGCCAGUGUUCGUGCAUGACAUCGAAGAUGGCGACGACCUGCCGGAAGAGUUCGACUCCCGGGAGCAGUGGCCCAACUGCCCGACGAUCGGUGAAGUCCGAGAUCAAGGUUCCUGUGGUUCGUGUUGGGCAUUCGGAGCUGUUGAAGCGAUGUCUGAUCGAAUCUGCAUCCAUUCCGGGGGUAAGAUCCAUUUCCGGGUGUCGGCUGAAGAUUUAGUAGCCUGUUGCCAUACCUGCGGGUUUGGAUGUAAUGGAGGAUUCCCCGGAGCUGCCUGGAGUUAUUGGGUUCGGAAAGGUCUGGUCAGUGGUGGACCCUAUGGAUCCGAUCAAGGAUGUCAGCCAUAUGCUAUUGCACCCUGCGAACACCACGUCAAUGGAACUCGUCCCCCCUGUGAGGGCGAGGAAGGCAAAACACCAAAGUGUGUGAAGAAGUGCCAAGCUAGCUACAAUGUUCCUUAUGCCAAGGACAAACGCUUCGGUAAGUCUUCGUAUUCCAUCUCCCGUCAUGAGGACCAGAUCCGGAAGGAAAUUAUGACUAACGGACCGGUCGAGGGAGCUUUCACGGUGUAUGAGGACCUGCUGAACUACAAGGAAGGCGUUUAUCAACAUGUCAAGGGAAAGAUGCUUGGCGGCCAUGCUAUUCGCAUUUUAGGAUGGGGCGUUGAAAAUGACACCAAGUACUGGCUGAUUGCCAACUCUUGGAACAGCGACUGGGGCGACAACGGAUUUUUCAAGAUUCUACGUGGCGAAGAUCAUUUGGGCAUUGAGAGUUCUAUUGCAGCUGGAUUACCUAAAAUUUAAAGGGCAUUGUAAAACUACAAGACUAAAUUAGUUACUACAUUCAUUUCAGUUGUUAUCAACGAAGUUAUGUUCAGAAAUCCACAUUCCCGAGAGGCAAUAAAACACAUUACAAAUUUUA